AGAACAAACACAAAUCUACUAAAUUGGUUUCCAUUCCCCUCAAGGAUAACGUUUCCAGGCACUGUUGUCCUCCCGGUUGUUCCUAAAUGCACAACACCCAACCGAGAAAACGAUGUUUAUAACGGAAACUCUCUUCCAGUCGGUCUUGAUGUUAUCGAGAAGACCAGCCUUGCACGAGUCGCAGCCAUAGCAGAGCACUCUCGGCUCAUUGCUCCACCGAGCACAGUCUGGGUUGCUAGAAGCUGGUGUUUGUGGCCGUGUCCAGUUUGUUGGGCUCACGUACGUGAAGUUGCAAUCAUUCGAGGGCUUACAGCAUCCAGACUGAUGCUCUCGGUAAAAAUCGUCCACCGGGGUCGAACCAGCCUGAAGCAGCCUCUGACAAAUGUUACUGUCAACCAAAUAGCUUCUAACCUGGCCCCAGUGGUCGUUGACCCUGUUCUGCAGCCAAUUCGAGUAGUCCCCGAGCCUGUACUCCCUAUACCCCCUGCCGGAGAGGACCUUGCCGGCGACACUGUUGGUGACCACGAAGGCACUUUCGAUUUUCGGAGAGGAAAAAGCAAAAGCACCAUCGCACUUCUCUCUGAAAUCUGA